CACCAACAUCGCUUGCGCUCUUCUCAACAACUCUCCCAGUCGAGUCGCAUACACUUUCUCUAUAUACCCCGCGCAGUUUUGAUCACAAUGCCGGCGCUCCGAAGCACAAUCGACCGUCUGGACAAACCAAGUUCAUAUGCCACGGCAAAGAAGCGCAGAAGGAACCGCGACGAUGACGAGAGGGGCCCCAGCCCUGAGCCUGAAGAUAAGCUGAAGGAUGCCACUACCCUCUACGUGGGCAACCUAUCCUUCUACACAACAGAAGAGCAGAUCCACGAGCUGUUCUCCAAGUGCGGCGAAAUCAAGCGCCUCGUCAUGGGCCUUGAUCGCUUCCAGAAGACACCCUGCGGCUUCUGCUUCGUCGAGUACUACACACACCAGGACGCGCUGGACUGCAUGAAGUACAUCGGCGGCACAAAACUCGACGAGCGCGUCAUCCGCACCGAUCUGGACGAAGGCUUCGCCGAGGGCAGGCAGUACGGGCGAGGAAAGUCUGGAGGCCAGGUGCGCGACGAGUACCGCGACGAAUACGACCCCGGACGAGGUGGUUACGGCAGGGUGUAUGCGGAUGAGUACGACGAGCGAUGAGAAGAGCAUGAGAUGGAGAUCAAAAAGGAAUACCACUGCAUGGAAGGAGUCUGGCGUCGUUCGUUCAAUCAUGGGUUUCUAGGGCUUUGUGCAAGAGCACAGGAUAUGCCCGGUCUAGGUACUCUACAUCUAACAAACUAGUGCC